GAUAAGACCUGCUACGAAUUGAAGAAUCUUGAACUCAAGUGUCAGUACUUCCUUCAGGUGCAGGCGGUGGCGAUGUACGGUGGUCGGCGUCUUACCUCGCGCAAGGCGUCCAAAGUCUUCAACAGCACCGAUUACAUGACGUACGCCGACGUCGGGAGACGUUCUCGCAGGUGCGAGCGAACACAGGCCAGCCUCCAUGUGCGUCGCAUGAGUUGCCAAUGUGGAGAAAUCAAGGCGCGUCUGGUUUGGCCGACGAGCAAUGACGCUAGUAUGUAUAAUAUCACUUGGCAAGAGGAGUCCUGUUCACGCAAGAAAAGCCCGGAACGUAGAUGGAAAUCUGCUUGGAAAGUAGUUCAGACAUCGCAUUAUGAUUUGCGACAGCUUCAAAACGACUGUAUGUAUAGCGUGAAUGUACGAAACAUACUAAAGAACGGGGGUAGUGUCGGUCAUGGGACCAGUAUAGAAUUUUUUGCAACUGGAUGUCAGGAUAAUCAAAAGCGGCGGAAAUAUUCGCGGGGAAAAACAACGCGAUGCAAAACAAAAUCGUCUAAAUUUACAAAGCAGUUUUCCGGUUUAUUUAUGAUAAAUAAAUAGGGAUAAAUAAAUUGGUUACAUAUACGCAAAGUAAAUUGUAAGCUUUCUC